AUGGGCUACUCCACCGUGCUAGUGAUCGAUGACCCAGCUACCAAAAACUACAGCGAUUUCUUUCAAGCUGUGCUUAACCAAUUGCCUCCAUCGCUUCCCGGCAUUGAUGUCUUGGUAACGCAACGUGUGAAACAGACCAAAGAGCUCAACUAUAUCCUCUCCAGCGUUUACGGAUCUCUCCGUAGUUGUGCCAACGAACAAAUGUUUCCCUUCACAUUUGGCAUAAAUGUGCUUGUGAAUAGCUUGCGCCUGGAUUGGGAUUUUGCUUUUGUUCCGGCUUCUGAGUCUGGAAACGGUGUGGUUGCAGACAAAACUAGAGCUAUAGAGACUGAGAUAGAUAAUCGUCAGCCUCCUGACUUCCAGUCUUUCAGUGAGCAUCAGUUCCCAGUGAGUGCUGUUGGCGGAACAUUUGACCACCUUCAUGACGGGCACAAGAUCUUGUUGCUGGCUGCUGCGUUUGCUACUCUGAAGCACCUUAUCGUAGGAAUCACUGGGCAACAGAUGCUACUGAAGAAGAAAUUUGCGGAGGUGAUGGAGCUGUUGGAUCGAAGACUUGGUGCUGUGACAAAGUAUUUGAAGGAGAUUCUACCCGAAUCGGUGACAUUUUCCAUUUACCAGAUAGAUGAUGUAUGUGGUCCUACGGGGUUCGUGCGAGAUAUUGAUGCAUUGGUGAUUAGCGAAGAAACUCGCAAGGGUGCUACUUUUGUCAAUGACUACAGGCGUAAACAAGGAUUCUCUGAAUUAGAGGUUUUGUCUGUGGACGUACUUGGCAGUGACGGAGGUGAGCAAGAUAAUUGGAAAGGGAAAAUAAGCUCGACGGACAUGAGAGAAGAAGAGCUCAAAAGACGCUCGAAGAAACAGAGAACAGUGUAA